AUGCAGCGUUUCCUCGUCCAGGCGCGGCUCGUCCUGUGGCAUCGUGUGGCUAUUCAGAUGCUCCGCAGGCACUGGUGUGCCUCCAUCGUUGAGCUACUGGCCACCGUAGCUUGCUUCACCCAAGUGGGCCGCAUAGCACCGAGGCCCUCCGAGCUUGGCAACUUCACGACGGCAAGACUGUUCCCGGCGCGGUUCGCCUUCCCUAACGAGUGGCCGGUGGCUGUCGUUUACGAACCACCCUCCGCGUACGCCGAGGAUCUGCUCUCGUCGUACCGGAAGAGGACAGAGAUCUUCGAGUACCUGAACGUGCGCAGUCCUGUGAGGGCCGUGCGAAGUGAGCAGGAACUGCGCGCCGUGUGCAGAGGCCAGGUGCGCGAGGCAUACGAGCGAGACUACGUACUCUGCGUCAGCUUCCACGGUCGUGCUCCCUCCGACGGCAUCAACGAGAACGGCAGCAGCGGCUUCCCGUCGCUGAAUUACACACUACACAUGUUCGCCGGUGGCUUGCCCAAGGUAGGGUUCAAGGAGCCCGUAGAAUUUGGCGACCAAGAGCCGACUUACCUGGAGAAGCUCAUUCAGAAAGCACAGGUCUGGAUUGACACUCAGCACCUUACUCUCGUAGACCGAAAUGCACGAAUCAAGAAGGAAUGGUACACGGUGUAUACACGCCAGUUUCCGCAAACCGCACUACCGCUUGACAUCCGAGGCUACCGGGAAAAGGUGCUUCUAUUCUUGGCUCUUUCUUACAGCGUGCCCUUCUGUCUUCGUAUCAGCAGCGCCGUCUCCGAGGCUUCGUCGGGACUUAGGUCUGUGGUUAAACAUUCUGGCCUUCUGGAGACUGCCUACUGGUUUGGCCAUCUGGCCAUCGGUGUCCUGAUGGGAGCCGCGAGCAGCGCAGCCGUGCUUCUGCUGAUGAUGUCCUCCGGUGGCGAAUACCCGCCUUACUUGUCGCCACAGACGCUUGACGCUGGCCCGCUGAUCCUGACGUUCCUGCUGUUCUCUUGCCUCUUCACGAUGCAUGCCCUAUUCGUGGCCAGCCUCUUUCGGACAGCCAGCAUCGCCAUUACUUUCGGGGUCAUCUACUGGUUUCCGGUUAUGCUGUUCCUGCCGUGGCAAGUGAUCGAAGGCUACGAGUCUCCACUGGGCAGCUACCUAUACGCGCCGAGGCACCUCAAGCUCAUCUCGUCUAUGACUCCAUGCCUGGGAACAUAUUGGAUCCUCAAGAUUGUCGGCAUCUCUCUCGACUACAAGGGCUCGGCUACAUGGAGUUUGGUUAACACGAACGUGCUAAGUAUGGACAACAUCACCAUUACCGAAGUAUGGGCAGUAAUGGCCGGGAGUUCUUUGGCUCUUGCCAUAUUGGUGCUGUACUCCAACCACCUGCAGUCGCGAUUGCGUGCCCUGGCCACGCUGACAGGAUCGCUUGUUCAGGCUAGACGACCCCACCCUGAACUACACCACACGGGCGUGCCCAUUGAACUAGCCCAAGAACCAUUUCCAGUUGAGAGUCAGCCACAGAACUUGCAGAGAAUGGUGUCUGUGCUCAACGUAACGAAAGGCUUUGGAUCUACUACAUCGCUUUCUGAUGUUUCUGUGGAUGCCUACAAGGGCCAAAUAACAGUGCUCCUUGGGCACAACGGAGCUGGAAAGACGACGCUGAUGAACGUGAUCGCAGGAACGUUACAGCCCGACUCUGGAAAAGUCGUGAUUGACGGCGUGGACACGACUCAGUUUCCCGAGAGGGCGCGCCAGAUCGUCAGCUUCUGCCAGCAGAAGAGCGUCUUCUUCCCUGAUCUCACUGUCUGGGAGCACCUCGUGUUCCACGCGACGGUGGUGAUCAUGGACGAGCCUUCGUCAUCACUAGACCCGGAGAGCCGGCGGGAGCUGUGGGACGUCUUGCUUUCGAUGCGCAGAAGACAGACCACGGUCCUCCUCUCGACGCACGACAUGCACGAAGCGGAUGUGCUCGCCGACCGAGCGGUACUCUUAUGCCGCGGCAGCGUCUGCUGCGUUGGAUCUCUGGUGUUCCUCAAGAAACAUUUCAGCACUGGAUGUCAUGUGACCAUUACAAAGCUCAACGACACGUUCCGAGUGGAUCGGGCAUUGUCAGAAGUACGGCAAAUCGUUCCAGAAGCAAUCGUUAGCGAAGACAGAAUGCACGAAGUCUCGCUUAGACUCCACCAGUGCAACACUGAGCGAGUGGCCGGAGUGCUGCGACUGCUCGAACAGCGAAGUAAAGACUUCGGCGUCGCUGCCGUAGGGCUGAAGGCAACCACGCUUGAAGACAUUUACAUCAGCGUUUACAACAACGCAGCCAGCGAGGACUCUCGGGACUGCCAAUUGACAACAGGCGGCGGCUAUCGCUUGGAAGUGCGACCACACUCUCGUGCAAGUACAGCAACGAACGGCGGCACUCCGCCCGCCAGCACUGUGUCACGGCUCGCCGCACUGUGGUCCAAGAGGUGGCGAUGCUUCGCCCGCUCCCCGUCCACCCCGUUUGUCUGCUGGUUACUUCCGGCUGCAGUGUUCUUCGUGCAGUUCCGGCUCGAGCAGGACCUCCUCACAAGGCGCAAUCCUCUGACGGCCCGCCUCGAUCUGGUCGCGCGGCACGUCGACACCGAGCUGAUAGCCGUCACACCCAAGGACCUAUACCCGCAUGGCACAUCGUUCGUGCAGGUGGACAACGUGUCUGUGAAAUUCGUGCAACAGUAUUUCGGCCCUGUUGCCCAGGCCAGCAUGGACAACGUUAUCAGCGUUGCUUCGGCACAGCAUGCGCUGCUUGCCAUUGGUUUUGGCAACUUCCUCGAAUACACCAGAGCCUUUGUCUUCGGAAGUGUGUUCCGCCAGGAUGAGCUGGAGGCAUGGUGGAAUCCGCACGCUGUGCUGAGCGGCGUGAUAGCUUUGAACACGAUGCACACCACUCUGCUUCGUCAUUUGUCGGGUGACGCCACUGCUGGCAUAACGAUGAGCGUGCGCCUCUACAGAGAAGAAGAGAGCAACGUGGGUCCUAUGCUGGACUUCUCCAAGGCGGCGAAGCGUGACGCGCUCUCGGUGAUUCUGCCAAUGUUCGUGCGAGCCGUGUUUGUACCACUGGGCACGGCUCUUAGCAUCGCUCCCAUGGCACUGCAGCCGAGCGCCGAGCGUGUCGGUGGAGUGCUGGCUUUCCAGCUGAUGGCGGGCGUGUCGCCGUUGCUGUUCUGGGCGGCAAACUUGGCGUUCGACCUCUGCGUGUACGCGCUCGCCUGGAGCCUCGUCGGCGCUCUGAUCAACGCCCAGUACGACCUGGCUGCGGAGACUAAUGCAGGCGCACUUGCAGUGGUUCUGGCCUUCUCUGUUGUCGGCAUCUGCACUGCCUACUUGGUCGCCUCGUUUUCCAAGAGCCCCACUACAGCUUUCACAUUCACCGCCCUAUUCUUCUUCUUUGGAGGCGCGGCGCCCAUAUUCGUGUACCUGGUCGUGACGGUGCUGGACAUGUCCCGGGGCAUCGAGGCUCCACGCUGGGCGCCGCAAUCUCUGUGUCCGCUUCCGGCAUUCGCCUUUCCCUGGGCGCUGGUCAAGCUGCUGCAGCUGGACGCCGAGAACGCGCAGUGCGAGCGGUACGCGCGAACAAAGCACGGCGGGUUCUAUCAGCUCGACGUCUUCUGCCUGGCGCUCACCUCGAACAACCGCUUUCCGGGGGCCAUGCACUUCUGCUGCGAACGUAUGUGA